AUGCUUAUUCAUUACGUAGCUGUCAGGGAAUCCGAAUAUCUACAGGUUGGCGAUGUGGUUUUGUUCGUGUGCAAUUUCUCAGUUGACUGCGGGCGGAUCGAGACAAUUGGCAGGGUGCAGUGCACAUUGGCAUGCUUGAUUCAUUAUCAGUGGUGUGGGAGAAGUGGCCAGAUGCUUCACAUAAUUGCUUCUGUGACAUUUGUGUUGUGCGGAAGUGUCAACCAACGGAGAAGGAGUCGGCAUCGUCUUUGUCGGCACCUAAUAGACAUCCAAUUGCUACUACAAGAACUGGAUAUGAUUUUGGAGGAUAAACCCGAAGAUAUUGAUGACAAGCAAUGGACACGAAUUAAUCUUCAUGCUUGUGCCUUUAUUCGAUCGUUCAUUGUUAAAGAGUUGAAAUACUCGUAUAUGAAGGAAACUUAUGCUAAGAAGUUAUGGAUGAAAUUGGAGGAGAAGUAUAUGACUAAGAGAGUAGAAAAUCAGCUCUUCUUGAAGAAGCAACUCAUCCGAUUUCAGUAUCGUUUAGCAAACAUUGAUGUGGAAAUUCCUGAUGAGGAUAAGGCACUAUGUUUGUUAAAUUCAUUGCCUGAUGAUUAUGAUCAUUUGACAACUACUUUGAUGUAUGGAAAAUCCGAGGUGAAACUUGAUGAGGUGUCAGCGGCAUUGGUGAAUCAUAAGUGUCGCAAGAAGGAACAGAAGACUCAAAAUUCACAAACUGAGGCAUUCGUUGCAAGAGGUCGAAUAGAGGAAAGAAAAUCUAGGAAGCGGGGAAAAUCUUGUUCAAAGUCACGAGGGAAGUUUCCUGCUAAAGAUGAAUGUGCCUUUUGUCGCUAA